AUGCCCGAGCAGAGUCAACGUAUCCGCACAGGGCCGCGCAGCGCAGCUGUACCCACUACAGGUCACGCUCGCCUAGCUGCUGUGCAGCGAGUAUCAGCAGCUACGGGCGAACGACGAGAACGCUUAAAGAUAGAGAAAAACGUAACUGAGCGCGAGCCGGCGCAACGUAUUGCGCCUUGUGUGGAGCAGCGACGUGCACGGCACCAGCCGUGGAGCGGGAUCUCGCAAACACGGCAAGAGCCUAGCCGCCCCGAGCCUGUGCGCUCCAGUGCAAGUGCUGCGGGAACGCAUGCGACUGCGUCUAGCAGCGGCGUAAACACACCCACAAACUCGGCAGCAGAACGGGUACAAGUUGCGGUGCGCUGUCGCCCUUUGUCUGUCGAACUGCUGCAGACUGGCGGUGAUGCGCCCGUCCAAGCUGUUCGCGUCAAUGAGUUAUUGCGUGAAGUUCGCGUUCUGCAGCCUACCUAUCUGGCGAGUGCCCAUUUGGCUCGGUCAACAAACGCAUCAGCGUUGACGGCAGCGGCGCCUGGUGUGCCGCUGCCCGUCUCUGAGGCCGACUUUGAUCAGGUGCCUCCGUAUGCGAUGCGUUCCUUUACUUUUGACAAGGUUUUCCCCAUGAAUGCAGGGCAAGAACAUGUGUACCAGAGUCUCGUGCAGCCAAUCGUGAGCGACUCGAUCCUCGGCUACAACUGUACGAUUUUUGCGUACGGACAAACCGGCACUGGCAAAACGUACACCAUGGAGGGCGUGCUGCCAGGACACACCGCUGAGCCCGGUGCAAGCGGCUGCUCACUCCCGCCAACAGCAGGAAUCAUUCUUCGAGCCGCAAACCAAAUAUUUGCCACACUGAAGGAUCGCAGCAACGAUAUCGAAUACACCGUUCGUUGCUCACAUCUGGAGCUCUACAAUGAGCAGCUUAGCGACUUGCUCGCCGUCGAGGGUGCUGCUCAUCCCAUGCGCAUCCUGCAGGAUCCCUCAAAAGGCGGUGUUUUCGUUUCCGGACUGGAGGAAAUCGUCGUUCGCAACGAGCAGGAGAUCAUGGCGCUCUUGGAGAAGAGUUCGCAGCGCCGUCGCACUGCGGAGACAAGCCUCAACCGAUACUCUUCCCGGUCACACGCCAUUUUCACGAUCACGAUUCACGUGCGAGAAAUGACGCCUGACGGUGAGGAUCUUCUCCGAGUUGGCAAGUUGAAUCUCGUGGACCUGGCUGGCUCCGAGAACAUUGGGCGCUCGGGUGCAACGCAUGAACGAGCACGGGAAGCAGGCUCUAUUAACCAGUCGCUGCUUACACUGGGUCGCGUCAUUAAUGCGCUUAUCGAAGGUCAGGUCCACAUCCCGUAUCGCGACAGCAAGUUAACACGGCUACUGCAGGAGUCUCUGGGCGGCCGCAACAAGACUGCUAUCGUUGCCACCAUAAGCCCUGCGGCUGCAGAUCUCGAGGAGACACUCAAUACACUCGAUUAUGCUUUCAGGGCGAAGAACAUUCGCAAUCGACCCACUCUGAAUCAAAUGCUGAUGAAGAAGACGCUGAUUCGGGAGUAUGCGGAAGAGAUCGCACGUCUGCGUCUCGAGCUCGAGGCAACACGGGCCAAAAACGGCAUCUUCGUGCCGCCCGAGCUCUACGCCGAAAUGGACGAGGCCCGCCGAACGCACCGUGAUCGAAUUGCAGCGCUGGAGCAACGAAUCCAGGAUCAGGCCCAAGAGCGUGACGUACUCGAGCGAAUGCUGGACGAGUCCCGUGACCAGCUGGCACAAUCACAGGAGCGGCAGCAGGUGCUCGAGGGUGAGCUCCGAGCACGAGACGCGGCCAUGCACCAGCUACAAGCGCAUCUGCACAGACUGGACGCUCAACAGAAAGAAAGCCGCUUCCUCUUGCGCGAACAAAAGCGAGUGGAAGAACAGCUCGCUUCCGAAGCCCUGUGCCUCAUGAACAAUCUCACUCAGAGCCUGGUGGAUCUCGACACGCUCUACGCGAAACUAGAGGAGCGCGAUCGCUCGCAUAGGGCGUUUUACGGCCACGUGCGUGAACUGGAAACGGUAUGCGCAGAUACAAUGCACCAAAUUCGCAGCGAGAUUCACCAGCUGGAGGAACGCAUCGAAACCCACGAUCAUCUCAUCCGGGAUCGAUUCAGUCAGUGCCUGUCAUCUUCAAUGACGUCGGUGCCGGUGUGCAAAGCGGACGACGCAUACGAACCUGGCGCUGACAAGGAAAAUAUGAGCGUGUUUGCUAGCGAGCCUCAUCUGCAACCAUCGACGGAUGCGUUACGAGAUACGCCAAAGCGGCGCCACUGGAGCUAUCCCCGAAAACUGACCCGAUCAGCUCCUGAGCACGAACUGCUUGCAGCGUAUCGCGGAUUGGAUGUACAUCCCGCGCGCAGUGAUGGGGCAGUAGCAACCAUAGAGGCCGCGACGACGACGCUGCCCACCCCGGAUGCUGGUUCAGAUCAGGGCGAAGCGCCGACAUUGCCCUCGGAUGCCACAUUCACUCACGAUAGGACGCCUUGCGAUCCCAGUAUCGAUGCAAUCAAGACGUCGACAAAUACAACGGCGACGACUGCAUGCGAGCAGGCGCCACAGCGCGCGGAAACGCUGGACACGAUACAGACGCACGAUCCUAGCUCGCGGCGUCAGCAUCGUCAAACUUGGCCUGGAACUGUCCCGGAUGCGAGUCGUGUGCACCGUCAACCGCCAACGAGCGCCAGCGUCGUUCACCGAGAUCGAUGUUCAACGCCGGCCCAUGUGACGUAA